AUGAAAUCAACAACCGCAACUGUCUUGCUGGCCCUUUGUUUGGGUGGCACUCUUGCCCAAGCCCAGUUCUUCAAUUCAGGGCUCGGGCUUGGGUUUAGCAACAACAAUCUGAGGGGAAAUCCAACGCAGACCCCGUCGCACGUUCCAAGUACUAGCCAGGCACCUAGCAUGUCUUCAGCCCCUUCCGAAACCCCAAGCGUCAGUUCGGCCCCAACAACCAGUUCGAUGCCGAGCACACUCCCAAGUGGUGUGCCUUCGUCGAUGCCAAGCCAAGCUCCGUCUCGAUUCGUUCUCCUAUGCGAAGAGCCACAACCAAGCGAAACCCCUUCACAGCAACCAUCGUCGAUGCCGUCUACGCGUCCUUCUGUUUCAAUGAAACCCAGCGUUUCAAUGCAGCCGAGCAAUUCUGCGGCUCCUUCGGACCAGCCCACUGUAUCGAUGCACCCCUCUCUUUCUUCGGCCCCAAGCAAUGUUCCUUCUGUUUCAGCUGCACCAAGCAACAUUCCUAGUGAUCUUGCAAGCAUGGUCCCCACAAGCGAUUGCAUCUGCUCAGAAAUGCCAAGCCAGAUGCCCAGCUCAGUUCCCUCACAGAUAACUACGGUAUCGGAUGCCCCUUCGUCAUCUUCCGCACCCAGUCAAACACCAUCGACUAGCCAAGCUCCAAGUGUUUCUCCGUCAUUACAGCCAACUCGAUCGAGACCUUCGAGUGCACCAUCCAGUAUUCCCUCAAGCGCUCCCAGCACGGAGCCGACAAUCACCUGCGUAUGUUCUUCACGGGUGCCAGCCUGUCAACGAGAUCCUUUCAGGACUUCCGUUUUUCAGCUCAGCUCGAGUCCCAGCAGCAACCCUUCCGCAGCUCCCACUACAUCGGAGCCCACACAAGAGCCCACACCAGAGCCAACCCCAGAGCCAACCCUUGCACCAACAGCAACACCAUCAUCUUCUCCCAGCUCAAGUCCUUCUCCCCAGCCACCACAGCCCACGUCUGCACCUACCAAUGUUCCCAGCUCGUCUCCAAGUGUAGGACCUACCAACAGUCCAUCAAUCAGACCGUCUACUCUUCCAACUACAGCCCCUUCUGCUCUUCCCACGGUGACCCCAGGGCAACUAAGUGCCUCCCCAAUUACAUCCACACCAUCCACAAGCCCAUCUUCUGUCCCAUCCAAAAGUCCUAGCACACUGCCAAGUUCUGAACCAACAUCGGAACCCAGUACAACUCCAAGCACCACUCCAAGUGAAACACCAUCAACAAGCCCAUCUGGAUUGCCUACCAGUUUCCCUUCAGCUUCCCCGUCAAGUGGUCCAAGUACAAGUCCAUCAACUGGUCCAUCAGCAGGACCACUUCAUCUCCAAGCAAUGGUCCCAGUAGCAGCCCAACUGUAUCUCCAUCUUCCAAUCCAACAGUGA